AUGGUAAGCCAAAAAGAAUCUAAUGAAGUUCGAGGAGGCAAGCUUGCAGGUGUAACAGGAGGAAAGAAUAAAGUUACAUAUGGAAGAAAAUCUAAGUCAAGGUCUCUUCGUUCAGGACUUGAGUUUCCAGUAGGUAGAAUUCAUAGAUUUUAUAAAAGAAGAAUCAACGGACAGAAUAGAGUCAGUGCCACAGCAGCUGUUUUCACAGCUGCAAUUUUAGAAUACCUUACAGCUGAGGUUCUGGAAUUAGCAGGCAACGCUAGUAAGGAUUUGAGAGUCAAAAGAAUAACUCCUAGACACCUUCAGCUUGCUAUAAGAGGAGAUGAAGAGUUAGAUACUUUAGUGAAAGCAACAAUAGCAGGAGGAGGUGUAAUCCCUCACAUUCAUAAAUCAUUGUUAUCAGCUAACCCUAACAAAAGCUCUAAUGAUCAACAAAGGAGACUAUUUUAA